AUGCCUUCAAAUAAGAAGUUAAUGUCUAAAAUGCGACAAAUAGCACAAUGGAUUUUAGUGGUGCAUGUGGUUGAAUUCAUAGAGGCAUAUUGUACACCUCGCGAUACAGCUCGUCGGUCUCCGCAUCGCAGUCGCCGGUCCAGGGAACCUCGACGAUCACCUGACACGUCCAGAUGGCGUUACGAAUCCCGUCGUCAUAAUUACGACGAAUCGAGACGGCCAUACGAAUACGAAUCCAAGAGAUAUUUUGGGAGAGAGUACGACGCAGAUUCUGGACGACGACCCGCUUUCGACGCGGAAUCAGCACGACGACGAGCAGACUACGAGUCUGCAAGACGGACUGACUUUGAUUUGUCAGCUCCUGAAGUAUCCAGACGGAGUCCCGAAAGUGCGCCAGAAGGCUCAGCGGAUUCUCCUCCCGAACCAGCACCCUCAGCGCCAUUGCACCAGGAAAGACAAUCUAGACAUCGGACUCAACCAUAUUACGAAUCUGAAUCGAGUUCAGAAGAUAGAUCAUCCUCAACUGACGGUGAAGAAGACGAGUUUGGUGAAUUCGACCCAUUUGCCACGGCACCUUCCCUGCAUUCACCUGACAGUGGUCGGUCUGAUCCUCGAUACGCGAACGCCCCACGAAGAAAUCCAAGCCCCUACUAUUACGGCGAUUUGUUCAAAACUGCUCCUCCACCACCUGCUCCUGCAGCACCAACCGUUUCAUCGACUUCCUCUUCUCGUGGCCCUAGAUAUAGAAAGUCAGCUAGUCUUGACGCUCCCCACGUUGCUCCACGACCAAAUCUGCCUAAAAGAUUUUCAGUGGCAGAAGAUGGCUUCCGUGAGCUAGAAAGGUCAUCAUCAUCGUCCGGCGAGAGCGCGUGGAUGCCGCCAAGGCGUCGCGGGCGCGACGCGGCCGGCUGCGUGUGCGCCGCGCCCGAAGAUGUAGAGGAGCAUAGAUCUUCUCGUAGCGUAUUUUACGUGCCGGCGCCAUUGCCACGCUGGCCACAAGAAAUGACCACACGACAGAUUUACGAGACAGCUUUUGACUGUAAAAUAGCACGCUCUGACGAUGACUUAGACGACUUUGAUCGCGUUAGUAAUCAUCCAGCUCUUUUGCAAGCUGAGGAACGCAAAGUUAUUUCAUCAGCGUCAUCCGCCUUCGAAGCUGUUGAGCGAAGUGAACCAGAUUACAAAGGUCGCCGUAAGGUGACAAUGAAAACAGAUAGCGUUCGUCGCUCAAAGAUUCCUACUAUUCGUCAGAAGAGGGAAAAUGAGAACAAUGCGUCAGCACUCUCAGAAGAAUUGGAAAAAGUGCACAUUGAAGAAGAGGAUAGAACAUCAACGUCACAACUGCCGUUGCGCGGUUACACUCCUUCUCCUCCAUCCACUGCACCUUUGCCUACAAAGUUUCAACAAAAAGAUGGAUCUGCCAUGAAUAGCAUUAAAAGUGCUCCCAACUUACCACAAACGCAGCCAUCACACCCACGUCUGAAAGACUUAAGACUGCCUGUAAAGUCUUUAAGGGCUCGUGACACGCCUACGAGUAGUGAUGCUAGUAUGACUGACGUCAAAGCCUCCGUAUCCACAGAGCUUGACGUCGGACAACGUUUAAGGGAUUCCAGUCGCGAGUCCCGUGAUGGCGAUGAUGAAAGAGCGCAAUCAAAAGACGGUAUUUUUUUAGAGAUUAAGGGUCGACCCACUUCCGAUUCUGAUACACCCGAAUUGAAUCGGUACAAGGGGCCUAAGGGGGUCGGCCCUAUAAUGGAGUUUAAAGGCAGGCCCGGAGUAGCUCGCCCGCGACGAAAGUAUUCUAGCACCGAAAGCAUGGCAACGAGUAGUAGUGGUGGAAGUAUGGAGUCAUUAAGGAGCAGUAACAGUGAAGGUGAUAGAAGUAGCAGUAGUUCUGAAAGUCGACACUCAUCAUCACUAAGCUCACAUAGCUCGGACUCCGGAAAUGUUCCAUUUAUCAAAUCACAUAUGCAGCUUUCGGGGUUUGGACAUCAUCCGACUAAAUUACAUAUUUUAAGUCCUAUAUCAGAUAAAUCUUCCCAAGAACCGGCCUCAGAAACAUCGGAUAAUAAUAAAAAUAACAAUUCACAAAAAGUUUCUCCCGAAGAUGGAGAUACGGGUAACACUACGAUACAAACAACAGUUGAAAUUUUACCUAAACCUAAAAGGCGAGCUUUACAAAACAGAAAUCUGUUAAAUUUGACCUUUAGGCAUUCUACUCCUGGUGAUACUGAAAUACAGGGAUCUGAUAGUGGUAUAUCAAUUCACUCUAGAGAGGGUGUAGAUUCACGGAAUGCGUUUAUAAAUUUCAAGAAUAGCAAUACAGAGGAGGAACGAAAAGAUGACGCCGUUGAUCUAUCCGAUCUUCCAUUUGAUAUGCCGAAGCUACGAAGACGACGAGCUGAAGCAGAAGUCGAUCUUCGAUCAUUGCCAUUUGAUAUGCCUAAACUAAGACGAAAAUUACGAGGCCAGUCACUACAAUUAAACAGUGAUUUUGGAGAAGCUAUAUCUAACGCCUCUUCUAGCCAAAGUGUUCAAGAUUUAAAUCAAGGGAAAAAACAUCGGGAGAAACUGACAUUGAAUUUUGAUAGUGGCAUUGGUAGCUCUAGCAGCGCUAAGGGAUUGCAUUUGAACUUAGGACCUAUUGCACCGCCACGGGAUCUGGUUGAUGCCUCUCUUCCACUAGACCGACAAGGGUGGUAUCACGGAACGUUAUCGCGAUUGGAAGCUGAGGGCUUACUGAGAGAUGCGGAUGAGGGAGCAUUCUUAGUACGAAAUAGCGAAUCCGCUAAACACGACUACUCGCUUAGCUUGAAGUCUACCCGUGGGUUUAUGCACAUGCGUAUUUGUCGCGGAGGUGAAGGUUACACUUUGGGAGGGGCAGCGACAGCCUUUCCCAACGUACCCACUCUAAUGAGACACUACGUAACAGCUCAAAGACUGCCAGUCAGAGGAGCUGAACACAUGGCCCUAUCGACUCCACUGCCAGCUGUAAUGCUUUGAAAAUCUUUAGGAGACUUUGAUUGGAAUUAAUCAAAGAGCCCAAUGUAUCGCGAUCGUUCUUUGAUGUUCGUUCGCUUUGUAGGAGCUGGUACGGAGUGUGUAUACCUUUUGAAGAAGUACGGCGCAUAAGUACGGCGAACUUCACGCUGUAAGGUGAAGUGUAUGUACAUAUAUAACGAAGACGCAAUUGACUUUGAGUUUUGUGUCCUUUUGUUUUUGAUACUUAAGCGUAAAUAUAGCAGCAGUUAUUUAUUGUAUGUGAAUAGUUUUAGUACCCAGUGAAUUAAACCAAAGAGUUAGGAUACGUACAUAGAAGUCAUUUUCUAUGGGGCUUGCAAAUUCUUUGUUUGCUCAGAAUAUUGUCAUAAAACGCAGAGCUAGUAAUUUUAUUAUUAUAAAUCUCUCAACAACAUUGACGAGCUACUGAAAUCUGUAGAUGAAACAAUUUUUAUUAUGAUCUACAAUAUAAUUUGUAAUGUAAAAAUUGAGACCUUAAUAAUAAAAUGCUCGCUUUUCACUUAUGCUAGUCCCAACACCGCAGCAACCUGUAUUGACAUUUAAAAUUGUGUCCGUAAUUAUUUACAUGAGUUCCACAGUAAUAUUUAGAAUUAAUCUUAAUUUGUCUACACAAUAAGUAAUUUUAUUUAUUAUACAAUGAUUACUCAUAUUAUAAA